AAACAUCGAUCGUGCCCGGUUUCCCAACUACUGCUUCCCAUCGCCGUGUCUUGUGGUCAUCAACUGCCCUCGUGACAAUCUACUGACCUGUCGACUCCACCAUCAGCGAAAGAUUUUCCUCUUCCUUAUAACUCCCAAACCUACCCUCGGAGGUAUACUUGGCCAAGACACCUGCUAGCAUUCCAGCACCUAGCAGGGCUUGGUGCUCCUCUGCUGAAUCCCCAUCCAUCUUCGGGCGUCUGAGAUUGAGCUUGGCAGAUAUUUUGCCGUUGCAGUAAUGGGUCAAUCGCAUUCCAAGGGCAAUAAUGGCCCUGGCGAUUCUUUGCAAUCGUAUCCAUCCUUUUCUCGCUCUGACACCAAGGAAUCCAUUCGCUCCCUCCGUGGCUCGAUCCGCUCUAAGAUUCGUAGCAGCGACAGUCCCCGCGCCUCCACAUCUGCUCUGUAUCAGACGGAAAGCCAGACCGAUAAGUCGGAUGCUGGCUCGAUCAAAUCCGCGGCAAGUAGGCGCAGCUCUACCAACCUGAGCGCUCCUCAGUCCCCUGCUGCUGACGAUGCCGCUUCCAAAACCGACUCAUUGGAACCUCCUCCGUCGCCGUCCCUGUCCACCAGUCUGAAAAGAGGCCAUAAAGAUGUGAACGCGAUGCAGCAGAGUGGGGAGGUUGACCUCGUGUCAGACGCUCCCCCGACCGGUGUUGCCCCCAAGGGCCCUUCUACACAGAAAGUUGGCGAAUCGAUUCUCAUCAAGAGGGAGAACCAGCUGAAUCCGAUUCUGGACUUCAUCAUGAACACCCCGAUGAACAACGAAACAUCUGGAUCGCCGGGAAUGGGAAUGGGUGCUUUGAAGUCGAUCGACCUGGAUGACAUGAUCUCCCGACUUUUGGAUGCUGGCUACUCGACCAAGGUUACCAAGACCGUUUGCUUGAAGAAUGCAGAGAUCGUGGCCAUUUGCAGCGCCGCACGGGAACUCUUCCUCUCCCAGCCCGCUCUUCUGGAGCUGUCGGCCCCCGUCAAGAUUGUCGGAGAUGUCCAUGGUCAGUACACUGAUCUCAUUAGGCUGUUCGAGAUGUGUGGAUUCCCCCCUGCCUCAAACUACCUCUUCCUGGGUGACUAUGUGGAUCGUGGAAAGCAGAGCUUGGAAACAAUUCUGCUUCUGCUCUGCUAUAAGCUCAAGUACCCCGAGAACUUCUUCCUCCUGCGUGGCAACCACGAGUGUGCCAACGUCACUCGCGUGUAUGGAUUUUAUGACGAGUGCAAACGGCGUUGCAACAUCAAGACUUGGAAAACAUUCAUCGAUACUUUCAACUGCCUCCCUAUUGCUGCGAUCGUUGCUGGCAAGAUCUUCUGUGUUCAUGGUGGUCUGUCGCCGAGUCUUUCCCAUAUGGAUGACAUCCGAGGUAUCGCCCGCCCGACCGACGUACCGGACUAUGGACUGCUGAAUGAUCUUCUGUGGAGUGAUCCAGCAGAUAUGGAGGAAGACUGGGAACCGAGCGAGCGUGGUGUCAGCUACUGCUUCGGCAAGCAGGUCAUCAUGAAUUUCCUGCAACGGCAUGACUUUGAUUUGGUGUGUCGAGCGCACAUGGUGGUCGAGGACGGCUAUGAAUUCUAUCAGGACCGUAUUCUGGUUACUGUCUUCUCUGCGCCUAACUACUGCGGUGAAUUCGAUAACUGGGGAGCCAUCAUGUCUGUUUCAGGUGAAUUACUGUGUAGCUUCGAACUCUUGAAACCGUUGGAUUCCACGGCCUUGAAGAACCAUAUUAAGAAGGGCCGGAACAAGCGGAACAGCAUGCUCAGCAGUCCUGUAAGUCGUCCCUUGCUUGUUCGUUUGUUCUCGCCAAGCCCAGAGACUACACCCUUGUGUAACAUUGCCGAGGCAUCUGUACCUUGGACGAUACUUGCUUCUUCUGCACUGGUACGUUGACUCGAUUACAAUGCUAACGUCUGCAGCCUGCAAUUGUCUCGGCACAAAGCUACUAGAGGUCCUGGUAAUUGCAUGCCAAGCGAUCAUCAUCCGCCAUAUGUCACCAUCAAAAUACC